AUGGAUAAGUCAUGGAUUAUUAAGCCACAAUCAUCGAUUGCGUAUCAAAAAGGGAUACAAGAAUUUAUUGAUUUUGCAUUUAAAGGUGCAAAAGAAAACGACGUAGUAAUAUGUCCUUGCAAACAUUGCGGUUUCAGAAAAUUAAAGAGUAUGAGUGACAUGUUCGACCACUUAAGUUGGUCACCAUUUCCACAGGGAUACACCAUGUGGAUCCAUCACAGAGAGUCUUUUGUACGAUCUAGUACUAUCUCCCCUAGUAUUACUCCAAGUAUGGUAGAAGAUACUAACAUUGUCGAAGAACCUAUUCAGAACAUGAUCAACGAUGCAUUUGGAGUUUAUGGGAAUCAUGCAAAUGAAAUACCAUCUGCGUCAAAUUUGGAGAUUGAACAAGAAGAUUAUGUGAUGCCAAGCUCAACUCAGGAAAGAAACGAAGCCAAGGAGUAUUAUGAGUUGGCUAGAGAAGGAGAACAACCUUUAUAUGAAGGGUGUAGACGAUAUUCAAGACUAUCUUUUUUGGUUAAGUUGUACCAUAUAAAGUGUUUAUGUGGAUUGAGUGAGAAGGCAAUGACAAUGAUUUUAGAGUUUAGAUUGAACAAGAUCCGCUUUAAUGGUGAACAAGAAAUGCGGAGUCCACCGAGAACAUUAUCUGGACAUGAAGUUUUUGAAAAGGUUAAAGAUGUUGAAGUCAUCUUUGGUAAAAAGGCAGUGAAAGAAAAAUCAGUAAAAAGAACACGUGAGGAACAACCUAUAAAAGGUGAUAGUACACAAUGUGAUCCUACAAAAGAAGUUAAACUUGGAGGUCCUAUUCAUUAUCGAUGGAUGUAUCCUGUUGAAAGGUACUUGGGAAAACUUAAAUCGUAUGUACGUAAUAAGGCAAAACCAGAAGGGUCUAUUGCAGAAGGAUACCGUUUUGAAGAGAUUCUUACAUUUUGUUCAAGAUAUCUAGAAAAUAUUGAGACUAGAUGGAAUCAACCUGGACGUGUAGAUGACGACCCUAUUGAUGAUAUCCAAACUGCUUCACGUGUAGCUGAAUUAUUUCCUAGAGUUGGAAAACCUGUGGGUGGAUCUUCUUAUUACACCCUAACACCAACUGAAAAAUUGCAGGCUCAUAGACACGUUUUAACAAAUUGUCCAAUAGUUGACGACUAUCUAAAGCAGUUCCGAAGUUUUACUCAAAACCAAAUGAGGCGCAGUCAAAGAAGUGCUACUGAGAUAGACAAGAAGAUUCGCAACAAUCUUGACAACAUUCAUGGGCCAGAUAAAGAUGUUCUCAUUAGUCUUGCUCAUGGACCUUUUGAUAAAGUUAAAAGAUUUACCGCGUUCAAUGUCAAUGGAUUCAAGUUUCGAACAUUGGAACGAGACAAUCUUUUAAAAACUCAAAAUAGUGGAGUUUUUGGCAUGUUUGGGACACGAAGUUAUUCAAGCAAUAGUGAUACCCAAAUGAGAUUUGGAGGGGUCCCUUACUAUGGAAGAUUAAUAGAUAUUAUUGUGCUUUCCUAUGAUGGCUUCACAGUGCCCAUGUUUAAAUGUGAAUGGGCUAAUACCAUAAACCCAAGAGGAAUUAAGAUAGAUAAGUUGGGUUUUACCUCUAUAAACUUUGCAAGACUACUACAUACUAGUGAACAUGAAGAUAAUGAGCCAUAUAUUCAAGCAUCUGAAGCUCAUAUGGUUUUUUAUGUAGAUGAUGAGAGUGAACAAGGAUGGAGCAUACAUGUUCAUUUGAAGCCAAGAGACUUGUAUGACAUGGGUGAAAAUGAUGAAAUUAUGACACCCAUUGAGCCAUAUCCAUCACAAAAUUUGGAACAAAUCUUUUCAAAUGAUGAUCUUGGAACUUCAGCGACAAAUGAUGACAAUAGUUAA